AUGUCCUCCAAACUCGAAAAGCUACUUCACAAACUCAAGAGCCCGCAGUUAAAACACCUCACAUUCUUAUGCGGAGCCAAGAGUUCAGGCCUAAAAAGCGAUCUCAUCGAGCGUCUCACCGCCCUCGCUGCCGGCGCUGAUACCCGCGUGACCAAGCCAACAAAAAGCAAAACCCAGCCACUGAUCCUGAGUAUCGACUUAGGCAUCCGCAAUCUGGGGUUUAGUUUGCUAUCACCAGCAACGCCACGCAAAACCCGCUCACUAGCAUCCGUGAUCCCAACACUCCUCCCCAAUGCGCUGCGCGAGCCCCUGCCCAUCCGUCUGCACGUCUGGGAACGACGGGACCUGAUCCCGCCAGCCCCCUUAUCCUUGUCUUCUUCUGCAUCCGGCCAAAAACCAGAUCCGGAUCUCUUCACACCCUUCUCCCUAGCCCUCGCCGCGGACCGUCUAGUGCGGCAAGACCUGCUGCCCCUCAAACCCACACAUAUACUCAUCGAACGCCAGCGCUGGCGUAGCGCCGGGGGCGCCGCAGUCCAGGAAUGGACGCUCCGCGUCAACACGCUGGAAGCCAUGCUGCACGCGUCGCUGCGCACAUUACAGGAGCUGGGGUACUGGGGCGGCGUGAUCGCGAGCGUGGCGCCGGAUCGGGUUACCCGGUUCUGGCCCGCGGCGCCGCUGACGUCGGUGUUGCGUGGGAAGCAUGGGGGGAGUGAAGGAAGACGAUCUGGGGAGGGUGUGGUUGUGGGGGAAGGGAAGUCUAAGGGUAGGGGUGGGAGUCGACAGAAUAGCAAAAAGCAUAAGAUUGGCGUUUUGAAGAAUUGGUUGGCUCGGGAGGAUGGAAGUGAAGUUAUACUACCGGCGAAUCAGGAGACGGAGGAUGCUGUCAAGCAGUUUCGCUCGAAACUUACCCCUACCCGUGGUCGUAAGUCAAAGACUGCGGAUGAGGGCCUGGUGACGGAUGCUGGGUCUCGGAAACUCGACGAUCUAACUGAUAGCUUGCUACAAGGUGUAGCUUGGUUAAAAUGGGAGGAAAACAAGAAGCUUCUACUUAGUGCUGAAGGUAUAGAGAAGCUGCUAGACUCGAAUCUCUUAGACGAACAGGAAACUGAUACAAUAGUAGAUGACGAGGUAUAG